UGAAUGAGCGGCGCCCUCAGGCCCCGCCCCCCGCGGGGGGGGAGCGCAGAAUGGACCGGCCCGGCCGAGCGCGCCUGACCCCGGUGGGGCGCGAGGCGAGCGGCUGCCGCCCCUUCAACCCUCCACAUCGCCUCCCGUUCUCUCCGCAGCCUCCGAGACGCUCCCGGCGCGGCCUGGCCACCGCCCGCACUCACCAUGGUCUCCAGCUUGUGAUGGCUAAGUAUAAGAAACACCGACGAAAACGGUUAGCCAGAGCAAAAUUUCUGCUGGAAAAAAAGCGAGAGGCUGCAAACCCCCAGGGCUCAGGCUGUUCUCCACGGUCCGCAGGUGAUCCUCCUCCAAACACGUUGCCUGUCCCAAGCCAUCUGUCCUCACUCUGGUCAUUCGCUUUGCCCAGUGUGAAAAAUGUGGUGAAACCCUUCACAACAACGGCAUCGUUUUUGUAUUGUUGGUGCCAGAACACGGUUGCACAGAGUUUUAAGGUGGUUAAAGACACCAUAUUUCCUUCACAAAUCUACUUAAGGGAGCUGAAUACGUUCAAGGAGCAACUGGAAAAGUUGGAAACAGAGCUUUCCAGACUACAGGAAACACUCCAGAUGCAUGGAGUGGCAGCCUUGCCUUCAGAAAAUUCUCUUUGCUCAAGGUGUAAUAAACCAGUUCUGGGUGCUGCUGUACAACUGCAGGCGGGCGCCCCGUCCCCAGCGUCCAGGCCUUCUGCGAUACAGCUGCUGCCUGUGUCCGUUCCACCUCCACCUCCUCCUCCUCCUCCUCCACCACUGCCUCCACCAAAACUGCCUCCAGCACCUCUUCUCCUCAAACGGGGCAACGGCUCUCGAGCACCUCUGGCACCGUCACUGAAAACAGAGGGGCCGAUGCAGAUCACUCUCAAAGACCUCCUGAACGUUAAACUGAAGAGGACAAACAGCAACGUGAAGAUAGACAAGGCAGAAUCACCAGUGAAGACACGCAGAGCGUUAAUUACAGUCUCGGAUUUACAGAGUAUUAGUCUGAGACCUAAAUCCAAGCCAUCAACUCACAUUACAAACUCCUUAAUUACCCCUCCUAAAAAUGAGUUAGAUCUUCGAAGACAUCUGAAGAAGGUCAAUAUACAAAGAAGUCCUGGGGGCACUCCACUAAAUAAUAAAGAAAAUACUGAAUGUGGGUCUGGGUUGACACCAUUAAUGACAAAGGCACUACGGCGCAAAUUUCAGAUGGCUCAUCCGCAGAGUCCCUCGCCUGCCCGGUUAAGUGCCGCAAACAGCUUUGACGAUCAAAAGUAGGUUUCUGGAACAAUGCAUUUGUCAUGUGUCGUCAGGAAGCCGCUGCAAUCCCAUAUUUAUCUCACUCAGGCAUAUGUAUUUAUACAUAAAUCAAGUGCAUGCAAGAGCGGGGCAUUAUGAACCUCUCUUAGCAGAUUUCUGCUUUUUAAAGGCAGCAUAUUUUUAAUGCGUCUCUCUCUGGUUGCAUCUUCUUUUUUAACAGAAAAAAAAAUGAAAUUUCCUAUGUCUUUUGAUACCUGUCUGCUGCUCACGCAGGGACUAUUGCGUCCCCAGCACUGCUGCUUCUUGUAAUACAAAUAUCUGUGUUUGCUGAAAUUCAGUAUUGGUU